GGAGCUGUCGGCAGUGUGUGUUUUCAGCUUGUCUGACAUCAUCAAAGUGAUGGAUGGCCCCUUUAAAGAGCUGAAAAAGACCGGUGAGGGCUGGAAUCCUGUCCCCACACCCCGGCCUGGCCAGUGAUUAAAUAACGCAUUAAAGGCCGAAGGAUUGGACUCAUCCCUAAAACUCCCAGACAAGGUUCUGAUAUUCGUGAGGGACCACCCUCUGAUGGAGAACAACGUCAACGCAGCACCCCUGCUGGUCCGCAAGGGGACAAGAUACACCAAGCUGGCUGUAACCAAGAUAGGAGCAGAGCCAACAGGAGUGGUGCUGCACCUCGGAACAGACCGUGGGGAGCUCCACCAGGUGGAGGUAGUGGGCCAGAACACCACCCUUCUGCAGGAGAUUCCUCUGUUCGCCUCAAAUGAACCUGUCAACAAUAUAUUACUACACACGGGCCAGGCUCUUGUGGGCAGCCCUCUGUCUCUGGCUCGUGUCCAGGCUGAAGGCUGCGCUCUGUAUCCCAACUGUGAGCUGUGUGCCAGAGCCAGAGGACUGGGCUGUGUGUGGAGCGAGAAGGAAGCAGCCUGCAGGAGCACGGCAGCAAAGUGA